CCCCAGGAGCAGCCCAAGAUGAAAACAGCCCUGCUCUGCCUGUGCCUGUGCCUGCUCAGCACAGCCCUCUCAACACCUGUGCCACCGCCAGUGUCUGGAAGAGCCUCUGGGAACUGUGUGGGACAGCACCGGAUACUUCUGAAAGGCUGCAAUGCCAAGCAUGGCUUCUACAUUUUCAAAUAUGUCUACUCAUUCUCAACGCGGAGGAACCAGACGCAGAUAAAGAAAGAAGAUGCUGACCGCCAGAAUAUCCUCCCCAGCCGCCGGCUGGAUGAGGAAAAUGCCAAGCGGGAGCUGCCAGAGGCCAGGACGACCCCAGAGCGCAGCAACAACAGCAGCACUGAAGCAAUCGAGAAUGUGAUUGUCCUCAGGCCUGAAAACCGCAGCACCCCAGGCGCCGGCAGGGACGCUCCCAGUCCUCGCCCUGGCACUGGCACGCGAGCACGUGGUGGUGUCGGAGCUGCAGGUCCCACCCUGUCCAGCUCAGAGGGCAGUGGCAAUCUGGAUUUGGUGGUUGAAUUUGAUAGCGAUGUUCCCAUUAUCCCUCAGGGUGAAAAGCCCAGUGAGGUUGUGGUGAGGAACAGGUCCAGCGUCAGGAGUGAGGACAAGGAUGGUGGUGCCCCCGGAGUGGUUCCUGUGGAAGGGGCAAUGACAGCUGGGAGGGAGAGGGCCCCUGCCACUGGAGGGGCAGAGGAUGAGGGCAGCGGUGAGUCCACUGUCUCUGGCCAAGGGCAGGAGGGUGUCAUGCGGGGCACAGGGAUGGGAGAUGUUGCUCUUGCCUCUGUCACUGAGAAGACAGAGGACGUCCAAGUUGAUGCCACGGGUGUGGAUGAAUACGCUUACAUCCCGGACUCGGGCAGUGUCACCAUCACCCGUGGGAACCUGGGCAGCACAGCGAGGGCCACCAGCUUCACCCAAGUCUCUCCAGGCAAGGAUGAUGAGGUCAACAUCUUCAUUGGGAGGGCCAAUAUCCACGUGGGGGAGCAAGAAACCACCCAGGCCGGUGCCACUGUGGGCAGCGAGGAUGACAGCAUCACCACUGCGGGAACCAGCAGGCCCACCCACCCCAAGCUGGGUGUCACUGCAGCACCAGAUGGUGGUGAUGAUGACAGCACCCCUACUCGCAGCCAGCCAAAAGGACCAGCCACCACAGCCACCCUAAGCCAUGGGGACAGGGUCACCAGAAGACUCAGGGUCACCAGCAGACUCAGGGAUGUGCGCCCCACGGGAGAGGAUGAGGAAGGUGCCACCACCAUUGGUGGCUAUGGGGAAGGACAGGUGACUCCUGUCCCCUGGAGAAUCACUGGUGGUGACGUCACUGUCCCCACAGUUGCCAGUGUCCGUGGGAAAAAUGAUGAUGAUGAGGUGAGAGGUGAGGGACAGAGGGUCAAGGGGAAGCCAGACCAUCUGGCUACCACGACACGCCAAGAGGGGGGUGAUGAGGAGGCUACUGCCACUGCCCCAGCUGAAAGAGCCAGCAUCCCUCUGGCCACUGUCCCAGCUGAAGGAGCCAGCAUCCGCCUGGCCACUACCACCCCUGGGGUGACUGAGGGGGACUACACCACCUCCUCGGUGACAGCCAGCAGCCGUGAGGCAGGCAGGAGCACUGUGGUGGGGAAAGGAGGGAGUGGGGAAGUGAGACCAGCCACCCCAAAGCCCCUUGGGGAGGGACAGCCUGGGGCAGGGGUGAGGGUCAAGCCAGGGGGAGCAGGGCUGGACAAGACACCCAGGACAGACAAAGCACCAUCCCCAAGUGGGAAAGCCAGCAGCCAGGCAUUAAGCAGGAGCCAGACAAAGGCUGGCAGCCACGGUGGCGAUGCUGAGGGCACGUCACAUGCCACCAAAGCAGGGGGCAGCCCCACUCCACAGGCACGGCAAGAAGUGGGCAGCAUGGCAGCAGGCAAGGGCCGGGAGAGGGGGCGAGGUGGUGAGACUGGAGCAGCAGUGUCAGGAGCUGGGGGUGGCCGCCGCCUCCCCGGGCACCACGGCAGAAGGCUGGGGACUGGGGCACCGGGGACGUUCGCAGCGCUGGGCCACAGCAGGCAGGUGGAUCAGAUGAAGCGCGCCGAUGAGCUUCACGUCCGCGAGCGGGCUUUUUACACCCUCGGUGGGGCAGAGGGUGGCCCCCACGGCCCCUACAGCAACCUUGGGAGUGCUGACAGCAGCCAGUCCUCCGAGGGGGAGCAGGACAGCCACAGUGACAGUGGACAAACAGGACUUCAGCCCUCUGGGUGGGAAUCCCCAGGGCACCCCUAUGGCCGCUGGAUCCAGGGGUCUCUCUGA